UGUGGCUGCAGCUGUGAUUGGAUGAGCCUUCCGUCAGAGGAAGGGUCUGAUGACCGAGCAGACUCCUUGCUAUGGCAGCUGAUGGUGCGGAGCCGGGCGCGCUGAGUGACCCCGGAGCCUGGGCCACGGCCAUGAACAACCUCGGCAUCGUGCCGGUCGGCAUCAGCGGGCAGCCGCUGGUUCCAGACUCCCUGUGUAUCCAGAGGUUCGACGCCGGGCUGGGACUCAUCGCUCCCAUUAACCCCCUGAUGGCGGGCAUCAGCCUGGUCCCUCCCCCGCCAGUACCACCAGAGAUGCCGCUCAUCAAGGAGAUUAUCCACUGCAAGAGCUGCACUCUCUUUCCGCAGAACCCCAACCUGCCCCCUCCCUCGACUCGGGAGCGCCCGCCCGGCUGUAAGACGGUGUUUGUCGGAGGUUUGCCGGAGAACGCCACCGAGGAGAUCAUCAGGGAAGUGUUCGAACAGUGCGGAGAGAUCAUCGCCAUCCGCAAGAGCAAGAAGAACUUCUGCCACAUUCGCUUCAGCGAGGAGUUCAUGGUGGACAAGUCCCUUUACCUCUCAGGGUACCGGAUGCGUAUCGGGUCCAGCACUGAUAAGAAAGACUCGGGGAGGAUCCACGUAGACUUUGCCCAGGCCAGAGACGACCUGUACGAGUGGGAGUGUAAGCAGCGCUUGUUCGCCCGAGAGGAACGACACCGCCGCAAGAUCCACGAAGACCGCCUCCGACCGCCGUCUCCUCCUCCCAUAGUGCACUUCUCUGAGCACGAGUCGGCAAUGUUAGCGGAGAAACUGAAAGAUGACCAUAAAUUCAGCGAGGCGACGGCGGUGCUGUUCACCUGGAUCGACCGCGGCGAGGUCAACCGGCGGACCGCCAACCACUUCUACUCCAUGAUCCAGUCGGCCAACAGCCACGUCCGUUGGCUGAUGAGCGAGAAAGCUCAGCACGAGGAGGAGAUGGAGCGCGCCAAAGAGAUCUUCAAGAACGCUCUUCUGGCCAUUUUAACUCAGUUCGAGCAGAUCACCGCCGUUUUCACCGCCGCCACCAGGCAAAAGGCAUGGGACCAUUUCUCAAAAGCACAGCGCAAGAACAUAGACAUUUGGCGCAAGCAGUGCGAGGAGCUGAGGAACGCCCACAGCGAAGAGAUCAUGGGCAUCAGACGCGAGGAGGAGAUGGAGAUGUCGGAUGACGAUUCGGAUGAAAAUCCCUCCAAGAGGAUCCGAACUGAGGAAAAUGGGGUGUGCGAUCCGGCGUCUCUGAGGGAGGAGAACGACUCGCUGCGAUGGCAGCUGGACGCCUACAGGAACGAGGUGGAGCUGCUGAGGCAGGAGCAGAGCCGGAGCUGCCGACAGGAUGACGAUCACAUGCUCAUGCAUGCGCACGGCGCCGAGGCUCAGAUCCAGCUGCUGCAGCAGAACAUGCACAACAUGCAGCAGCAGCUGGCGAGCCUGCAGGAGAAGCUGGCGAGUAAAGAGGCGGAGCUGGAGAAGGCGAGAGAGGAGCACCGCUACCUGGAGGGCCAGGUGCUCGCCCUGCGGGACACGCUGCUCAAUGGUAAUGGGGAAGCUGUGGAAGGAACCAACGGAGAGCUGCAUGAGAAGGCGGUGAACGGGUGUCUUCCCUCCCUGUUACUCGGCAGAGAAAGGAGGAGCGAGGUCAUCAUGAGAGGAGGGGUGGCGUCUGAGAAGGAGGCGCUGCUGCUGGGAAUCAUCUCCACCUUCCUCCACGUGCAUCCGUUCGGGGCUAACCUGGAGUAUCUGUGGUCCUACAUCCAGAGACUGGACUCAAAGGUGUCGGCGGGGGAGCUGGAGCGUCUCAUGGUCCGUCUCCCGGCCAUGUUCCGGCAGGAGCUGAGCGGCGUCGGCGCCACGCUGGAGAAACGCUGGAAGUUCUGCGGUUUCGACAGCCUGGGCUCGGCGUGACGCAGGGACAACGCACACACACACACACACACACACACACACACACACACACACACACAAAGACACACUGAGGACACACACUGACUCUUAAACUGCAUGUGUGUGUGUGUGCGUUCGUCCAUCAAACGGCAGCGUGUCGGACGCCAUGGAGGAGACGGAAGCAUCGGGGUCCUCGUGGCUGCCGUGGGGGACACCUGACCAUGAAGAGAGAGGAAAGAUGAACCAAAGUUGAUCCCUUAGUUUCCUACCAAACCCUACUUAAUUUUCUGACUAAAUAAGAGCCUUCUUUGCCUCCUUUUGGGUCAGUGUAACGCUUAUCGCUUAACGUUCAAUAACGUUACAUUUUCUAAGCACAAGCGGACAUUUGGAAAAGCAGAAAAAUGGGUUAAAUAUCAAAUUUUUCAUUUC